CCUCGGAGGGAGGGCUCCGGAAGUGACGCGCACCUUUCGCGGUCUGGAGGAUCAUAGUAUCAGCUCUGGUUGCACGUGUUCCCUGAUACCUACCGGCUGGAGCCCCUGCUUCCCAGGGCCCCGGGCGACCUCAGUGACACCCAAGCCUACUUCCCAAGCGGAGCCAUGUCUGGUAACAGCAGCGCGGCUGCAACGGCGCCAGAUUCAGCAACCUUUACUAUGGCAUCUGGGUGGCACUGAAGUUUUCUCAAGUACCUCAUCUGUUGUGGAUAAUGGACCUGUCCUCCAAUGUGACUCAGCAAAAGAAGAAAACAGCCCAAAGAUGAGAGUGAUUCGUGUGGGUACCCGCAAAAGCCAGCUGGCUCGCAUACAGACGGACAAUGUGGUGGCAACGCUGAAAGCCUUAUACCCUGGCCUACAGUUUGAAAUCAUUGCUAUGUCCACCACAGGGGACAAGAUUCUUGAUACUGCGCUCUCUAAGAUUGGAGAGAAGAGCCUGUUUACCAAGGAGCUGGAACAUGCCCUGGAGAGGAACGAAGUAGACCUUGUUGUCCACUCCCUGAAGGACCUGCCCACUGUGCUUCCUCCUGGCUUCACCAUUGGAGCCAUCUGCAAGCGGGAAAACCCCUGUGAUGCUGUUGUCUUUCACCCAAAAUUUGUUGGGAAGACGCUAGAAACCUUGCCAGAGAGGAGCGUGGUGGGAACGAGCUCCCUAAGGAGAGCGGCUCAGCUGCAGAGAAAGUUCCCACAUCUGGAGUUCAGAAGUAUUCGGGGAAACCUGAACACCAGACUUCGGAAGCUGGACGAGCUGCAGGAGUUCAGUGCCAUCAUCCUGGCAGUAGCUGGCCUGCAGCGCAUGGGCUGGCACAACCGUCUGGGGCAGAUCCUGCAUCCUGAGGAAUGCAUGUACGCUGUGGGCCAGGGGGCCCUGGGUGUGGAAGUCCGAGCCAAAGACCAGGACAUCUUGGAUCUGGUGGGUGUAUUGCAUGAUCCUGAGACUCUACUUCGCUGCAUUGCUGAAAGGGCCUUCCUGAGGCACCUGGAAGGGGGCUGCAGUGUGCCAGUAGCUGUGCAUACAGAUAUAAAGGAUGGGCAGCUGUACCUGACUGGAGGAGUCUGGAGUCUAGAUGGCUCAGAUAGCAUGCAAGAAACUAUGCAGGCUACCAUCCAUGUCCCUGCUCAGCAUGUAGAUGGCCCUGAGGAUGAUCCACAGCUGGUAGGCAUCACUGCCCGGAACAUUCCACGAGGAGCCCAGCUGGCUGCUCAGAACCUGGGCAUCAGCCUGGCCAGCUUGUUGCUGAGCAAAGGAGCCAAGAACAUCCUGGAUGUUGCACGUCAACUUAAUGAUGCCCACUAACUGGUCUUAGUGCACAGGUGCCUGGAUCACCCAUCCUGUGCCUUAUAUCUUGGCUCUCAAGUGCCCCAUUUUCAGUGCUAACUGGGGAGUGAUUACUCCAGGAGAGUGAACUGUAGGGUCCAAGACUUCCAGGGACUUGCUUCAUGUUAGGGCCUUAGUGACUGCCUUACCUCCUGAGAAAGUGGAGGCUUCAACUCUUUCAGAGAAAAAGUCCAAACCACAGCCUUUGACUGUAACCAACUCUACUAAUAAAUUAGUCUUAAAGGUA